AUGUCGCAUAAUCCAAAGUUUUGGUUGCCACUCCCCGACCCUGACAUUGCGCUCUCGACCGCGUAUCUUGUCCUUGUCCGGAUGAUCAUGUACAUGGGCCGUCCAAAGGUAUCGGACGAGGAGAGAAACAAACACUGGGAGGAUUUUGAGUUUGCGGCUACCCCACCAACUUCCGAAAUUGGGCGCGCUAGGACCUGCGUUUCGAUGUGCACCAGCGUGAUUGCUCUCAUUCUCUCGUCGACCCCGAACGACUCCCCAUUACGCAUGUCCCAUCCACAAGUUUUUAAAACCAACGAGGCUCUUGUAAUGUUGCACGACUCCUUUUUGUCUGACAGAGUAAAAGAUGGGAAGGGGUGGGAGACUUGGAUAGUGCGUGGUUCACGGACUAGGUUGCAAUCCCCCAAGUCCCGAAACCUGGACGAGUUCACAACCCACAAGCAACCAGCAUUUCAAUCCGCCUUUACUCCAUCGACCUCCAUCGUUCACACUCCCUCAUCUAUCCCAGACGACUCAUCAUUACGCAAGGCCCACUCAAACACCUUUGAUACCACUCAGGAACUGCACACUCAAUAUCCUUGUCUGUCUUUCCCGCUCACAACUGUCAUAGGCAUCCAAGUCGUCCUCUUUGUAUCCUGCGCGACCAUUCUCUACUCGCAGUACUCCCGCUCCCUGCGUUCCUCCUCUUCCUUCUUAAUCAAGGGGGACACAAGAGCCCUGUUCCUCCUCCUCUAUAUAACCCUCCUGUUCGUCAUCGAAUCGAUCUAUACCGCAGUUCAAGCACGCACUGUCCAAUUAAUGUAUAUCGAUAACCGAAACUACCCUGGGGGACCAUGGGCUUACUUCCUUGCGACGCAAAACCUCCCGGUUAAUGUGAUGUUCUACGCCACGCUGUUUGUGUUGACGUUUCUCUCAGAUUUACUGGUGCUCUGGCGCUGUUGGGUCAUUUGGACAGCUUCCGGGCGGCUUAUUGCCGCCAUCGUGGUUGCGUUCCCUACUACUCUCGUCCUAGCCUCCUUCGUUAUGGGAACACUCUGGACCCUCCAAUCAUCCCAACCCGGGCUAUCGCUGUACAGCGCCCUUCCUAUGGCUUAUGGAACGUCAUACUACAUCAUCUCCCUCUCAGUCAACAUCAUUCUCACUAUCCUCAUUACCAUCCGUCUCCUCCUCUAUCGCCGGCGUGCCCGAAUGGCUAUUCAAGGGGAUGAAGGCUCCGAAUACCUCUCUUUGGCGGCGAUAGUGAUCGAAAGCGCAGCGCUCUAUUCCGUUUUUGCGCUUAUCUUCAUCAUCACAUACGCGAUCAAUAAUCCGCUCAAUCAGAUUUUCUUGGGCGUCGCUUCCUCUGCUCAGCAAAUCGCGGGAUACCUCAUUAUCUACCGUGUCGCCCAAGGGCGCGCAUGGAAUAGCGGCACCUUUUCUCAGACGGGCAACCCGUCGUCGAGCUUACAGUUUGGCGGCUCCUCGUAUGGAGAGUCUGAGGCAAAAUGCGACCCCAACGUCGUAGUUGUCGGAAUUGACAGCUUGUCGCAGGUUCAGUGGGCACUCUUUGGAAGCACUAUAUUCUACACCACCGUCUUGUGCCAAGAGACUCCGCACCGACGCCCGGCCGAUCAGGAACGCCCAGCAAUAAAAUUCAUGUUACGGCGUUUUGAAUUCAUGAAGAACGACGCCGACCAGUGCAUCAGUGCGCCUCCGGCGCCGGUGUCUAGCCGCUUGAACUAUGCCGCUCGUAUUUCGUUGGACGACGCCAAGGCGCAACACGUGCUGGACACGAGUGAUUUGUUACGUAAUAUGGAUCCACUCGACUUCACUCAGUACUCAGUACUCAGCUCUCAGCGCUCAGCAUCAACGCUUGGAAAGACUUCUAUUUUCAAGUUUACACCAAUCUUUGGGUGUCCACGACCUAUCCAAAUUGAUAUCACUGGCUCAAUGCGCGCCUCAUUUUUAAUUUGGCACGAGGUCAUAAAAAACCAUGGGGCGAACACGUUCAUCCCAACUUCUGAACGACUCUCUUGGGUCCCCACCCCCCACAUCCUACGAGCGCUUCAUGUCCACGAAAUACUAUGGCCCAGACGAACCUGCAGACGAUGUUUACCUAGAGCGGACGUUCCUAGCUGGAGACUUUAUUACUGGAGUGGGAUAUGGUCAGCGCUCGUUCUUCCAGGUGUCUGCAUCGCCGUCCUGCUAACCAAAGAGAUAGGUUUCCAGGCCGCCCUAUUCAUAAACUGUGCAAAGUUACUCUAUUCAAGAUACUCCAAGUCUCAACGUUCGGCCUCUUAUCCCUUGUUCAAAAAGGAUGGCAAAGCCCUUUUCCUCCUCUUCUACGUAACCCUCCUCUUCGCCAUCGAAACCCUCUAUGCCGUAAUCCAAGCGCAAACCAUUCAGAGCAUGUAUAUCGAUAACCGAAAUUACCCAGGAGGGCCAUGGGCCUACUUCCUAGCCACCCGGAAUGUGCUGCUCAAUGAGAUUUUCUACGGCUCGCUGUUCAUCUUGACAUUCCUCGUAGAUUUAUUGUUGCUCCGGCGCUGUUGGGUCAUUUGGACGGCCUCCGGAGGGCGCCUUAUACCGAGCAUCGUGAUUGCGCUUCCCGCGCUCCUGGUCUUCGCAUCAUUCGUAAUGGUAAUGGGGACCCUCUGGAACCUAAAAUCAUAUUCCCAAGGAUUCACUUUGUACAGCGCCCUACCCAUGGCCUACGGAACAGCCUACUAUGCUAUCUCACCCGCUGCCAACAUGCUCCUCACCAUCCUCAUUACCGCCCGUCUCCUCUUUUACCGCCUGCGCGCAAAGAAAUACCUUCGAUGGGAACAAAUCUCGGAAUACUUUUCUUUGUCAACUAUCCUAAUCGAGAGCGCAGCGCUCAAUUCUAUCUUUGCACUCGUUUUUGUUAUAACAUUCGCAAUCGAUCACUCGCUGAAUCAAGUCUUUUUGGGCGUGGCUUCAUCCGCGCAGCAAAUCGCCGGAUACCUCAUCAUCUCUCGUCUGGCUCAAAAUCGUGCAUGGAAUAGCACUACACUUGAGUCUGGGGGAAGUGGAUCAACGUUACUGCAGUUUGACGCCCACUCGUCUGUGGGCGACUAUUCGCGACCUGUAAGCCAAAGCUUCCGUCAGAGUUCCGUGAUGGAGGGCUUCCGUCAGAGCUCCGUGAUGGAGGAAGACCCGCGGUUGACGGCGUAUAGGCCAUAUUCUGGGUCGUCGGCAUUUCUGAACGCAACUUCAAGGUCGCAGUUAUCGCUCCACGGCUAG